UCACCCCGCCGGCGUCUGCAGUGAGAAGGCGGCUGUCCCCAGCCUCCGCUCCCCGCUUGGGGCGGGGGGAAGGCGUCUUUGUCGCCCGGGACGGACGGUGGGAGCCCUGGACUGUUUAAAUCCCGGAUCCCAGCCCUGGGUUCAGUCCGUUUUCUUUUGGGACUUCAGUUUCCCUAUCUAUCAGAGAGGCUCUGUGAGGACUGGGGUGAGGGAUGGGAGAUCCUGCAAGUGAAAGUACUUUAUGACCCUCAUAAACCUGGGGGCCCCACAAAAUGUUUCUGUUUGAGGGCCCAGGAGGCUGAGCUGGCCACCCCCGUCUUGUUGGAGGCCAUAGAGAGGUCCCCUCCUGCAGUAACUUUCCUGCCUGGGCACCUGUCAGUAGGAAGGAGCCGGGCAAUGUUGAGUACCCACUCUGUGCCAGCUGCCUGCCUGCAAAGCCUCUUAGCCUUGCUGAAGGGUUUCAUCUUUGUAUGGAUGAGGGGUGAGGCCCAGUGAGAGGAGGCUGUUGGCCCAGGCCCAGGCCCACCUCAAGUCAGUGUGGACAGGACAGAGAGCUCAGGCUAGGGAUCUUGGGGGCUUUUGGGGCUCCCAGGGUUGUGCUCAUGGGUCCUGCAGGGUACUUUUACCCAGUGCGUAGCUGCCCAUAGUGGGUUAGAGGGUCCCAGGCUGACCCAGCCAGGCUGCUACUCACCAGCUGGGGGAGAGGGCCUGUGGCUAGAGCUAUGUGGAGAGUGUGGCCUGCUCUACAAGAAGGAGUCAGGACAGACAGCAUUUGCUUUUAUCAAGGGGAAACCGAAUCCCUGAAUGACCAUGUCUGAAUGUGCUUGGGUACAGACAGUGUUUGGGCUGUGCCUAGAACAUGCAGAUAUACUUGGCACACACAUGCAGCUGACUCUGCUCCAAGCCUCGAUCUGUUUCAUGGAGUAAUGGGUUGGUGAUGGCAGUUCUGAAGUCUAGAGUCUUGUGCCCAAGCCUAGGCUUGGGGCAAGUUAAUGGGCCCUGUGGGGCCUUGGCCAUGCGUGGCACUGACCCAUCCAGUUGUUGCAGGGUUUUCUGAUAACGCGAAGCACCAGGCAUUGCUUCCUGAUGUCACAGGUGCCCAAGAAAUGGCUGUGUGUCAGGGAGCACGGGCUAUGUGGGUGGUAUUGCUUGCACAUGGACAAGGGGCAUGCAAAUGUGUGAUGCCCUUUACAGGGCCAGCCCCUGCUCCACUGUUGCUCACACAGCCUUUUCUCCUUUCCCCAGACAUGCUUCAGCUCAUCAACAACCAAGACAGUGACUUUCCCGGCCUGUUUGACCCACCCUAUGCUGGGGGUGGAUCAGGGGGCACAGACCCCACAAGUCCAGAAGCCAGUUCCCCGGGCAGCCUAUCUCCACCUCAUGCCACUAUGAGCUCCCCACUUGAAGGCUUUCUGGAGGGGCCCAAGGCAAUACCCCCACUGUUGUCCCCUCCCCAGCCUGCACCCACAUUGAAGACAUACCCACCAGUGCCUGCCUUCUCCCCCGGGCCUGGUAUCAAGGAGGAGCCAGUACCACUGACCAUCCUGCAGCCCCCCAACCCACAGCCUCUGCCAGGGGCCCUCCCGCCCCAGAGCUUUCCGGCCCCAGCCCCACAGCAGCUCAACCCUGCCCCUGUGUUGGGCUAUCCCAGCUCUCUUGGAGGCUUUUCCACAGGGACCCCUCCAGGGAGCACCCCACAGCCAUUGUCUGGCCCGCCAGGGGUCCCGCCCAUCUCCUUGCACACCCAGGUUCAGAGUGCAGCCCCCCAGCAACUGUUGACAGCCACAGCCACCACCUCAGUGGCCCCUGGAACAACCACUGUGACCUCGCAGAUACAGCAGGUCCCGGUCCUGCUGCAGCCCCACUUCAUCAAGGCAGACUCACUGCUCCUGACAGCCAUGAAAACAGACAUGGGAGCCCCUGUGAAGGCAGCGGGUAUUGGCUCCCUGGCUCCUGGCACGGCUGUGCAGGCUGGGCCCUUGCAGACCCUGGUGAGUGGUGGAGCCAUCCUGGCGACAGUGCCAUUGGUAGUGGAUGCUGACAAGCUGCCCAUCAAUCGGCUGGUGUCCAGUGGCAAGGCUCUGGGUUCGGCCCAAAGCCGUGGAGAGAAGCGCACAGCCCACAAUGCCAUUGAGAAGCGCUACCGUUCCUCCAUCAAUGACAAGAUCAUCGAGCUCAAGGACCUGGUGGUGGGCACUGAGGCGAAGCUGAAUAAAUCUGCUGUCUUGCGCAAGGCCAUUGACUACAUUCGCUUUCUACAACAGAGCAACCAGAAACUCAAGCAGGAGAACUUGAGUCUGCGUACUGCUGCCCACAAAAGCAAAUCUCUGAAGGACCUGGUGUCAGCUUGUGGCAGUGGAGGAAACUCCGACGUGCCCAUGGAGAGCGUAAAGCCUGAGGUGGUGGACACACUGAGCCCACCACCUUCGGAUGCAGGCUCGCCCUCCCAGAGCAGCCCCUUGUCCCUUGGCAGCAGGAGUAGUGGCAGUGGUGGCAGUGGCAGUGACUCGGAGCCCGACAACCCAGUCUUCGAGGACAGCCAGGUGAAGCCACAACAGCUGCCAUCCCCCCACAGUCGGGGCAUGCUGGACCGCUCCCGCCUGGCCCUGUGCGCACUCGUCUUCCUCUGUCUGUCCUGCAACCCUUUGGCCUCUCUGCUGGGCAGCUGGGAUCUCCCUGGUCCCUCAGAUGCCACCAGCAUCCACCAGGGUUCUGGGCGCAACAUGCUGGGCACUGAGGACAGAGAUGGCCCUGGCUGGGCACCAAAGCUGCUAACUCCACUGCUCUGGCUGACGAAUGGGCUGCUGGUGCUGGUCUCCUUGGCAUUUCUCUUCGUCUAUGGAGAGCCUGUCACUCGGCCCCACUCAGGCCCUGCUGUACACUUCUGGAGGCACCGUAAGCAGGCCGACCUGGACCUGGCCAGGGGGGACUUUGCCCAGGCCGCCCAGCAGCUGUGGCUGGCCCUUCGAGCACUGGGUCGGCCCCUGCCUACCUCCCACCUGGACCUGGCCUGUAGCCUGCUCUGGAACCUCAUCCGCCACCUGCUGCAGCGUCUCUGGGUGGGCCGCUGGCUGGCAGGCCAGGCUGGGGGUCUGCAGAGGGACUGCGCUCUGCAGGCAGAUGCCCGCACUAGUGCCCGAGAAGCAGCCCUCGUCUACCACAAGCUGCACCAGCUUCACGCCACUGGGAAGUACAAAGGUGGGCACCUCACUGCUGCCAACCUGGCACUGAGUGCACUGAACCUGGCAGAAUGUGCGGGGGACACUGUGUCUGUGGCUACUCUGGCUGAGAUCUACGUGGCUACUGCACUGACAAUCAAGACUAGUCUCCCUCGGGCCUUGCAUUUUCUGACACGCUUCUUCCUGAGUAGUGCCCGCCACGCCUGCCUGUCACAGAGUGGCUCAGUGCCCGUUGCUGUGCAGUGGCUCUGCCACCCUGUGGGCCACCGUUUCUUCGUGGAUGGGGACUGGGCCCUGUGCAGUCCCCCAAGAGAGAGCCUGUACAGUUCGGCUGGGAACGCAGUGGACCCCUUGGCCCAGGUGACUCAGCUGUUCCGAGAACAUCUCUUGGAGCGAGCUCUGAAUUGUGUAGCCCAGCCUAGCCCCAAUCCUGCAUCAGCUGACGGGGACAGAGAAUUCUCGGAUGCCCUCGGGUACCUCCAGCUGCUGAGCAGCUGUUCUGAUGCUGCCGGGGCCCCAGCCUGCAACUUCUCCGUCAGUUCCAGCAUGGCCACCACCACCGGCACAGACCCGGUGGCCAAGUGGUGGGCCUCGCUGAUGGCUGUGGUGAUGCACUGGCUGCGGCGGGAUGAAGAGGCGGCUGAGCGGCUGUAUCCACUGGUGGAGCACCUGCCCCGGGCCCUGCAGAAGUCAGAGAGACCUUUGCCCAGGGCAGCUCUGCACUCCUUCAAGGCUGCCCGGGCCCUGCUGGGCCGCGGGAAGACAGAGUCUGGCCCGGCCAGCCUGGCCAUCUGUGAGAAGGCCAGUGGGUACCUGCAGGACAGCCUGGCUACCACUGCAGCUGGCAGCUCUAUUGACAAGGCCAUGCAGUUGCUCCUAUGUGACCUGCUCCUUGUGGCACGCACUAGCCUGUGGCUAAGGCAGCAGCCGACUGCACCAGCCCAGGCCUCACAGGGCCCUGGCAAUGGAGCCCAGGCCUCUGCCCUCGAGCUGCGUGGCUUCCAGAGGGAUCUUAGUGGCCUGAGGCGACUGGCGCAGAGUUUCCAGCCUGCCAUGCGGAGGGUGUUCCUACAUGAGGCCACAGCCCGGCUGAUGGCAGGGGCCAGCCCCACUCGGACACAGCAGCUCCUGGACCGCAGUCUGAGGAAAAGGGCAGGCUCCAGUGGCAAAGGAGGUGCAGCAGAGCUGGAGCCGCGCCCCACGCGGCGGGAGCACGCCGAGGCCCUGCUGCUGGCCUCCUGCUGCCUGCCGCCCUGCUUCCUGUCGGUGCCCGGGCAGCGAGUGGGCAUGCUGGCCGAGGCCGAGCGCAUGCUGGAGAAGCUCGGUGACCGUCGGCUGCUGCACGACUGCCAGCAGAUGCUCAUGCGCCUGGGCGGCGGGACCACAGUCACCUCCAGCUAGACCCCCGCCGUUGGUCCAGCCCCAGUGCCCAGUUUCACCGCCUUGGCGCCCUUUGGCUGUGUCACCGGCGGGAGCCUCAAAUGCCAAAGGCAACGCCAGAGACCAGUGUCCACGAUUCAAGCAGGGACUGCACUGUAUCGGCGGGGGGGAGGGGGCCAAAUGGGAGAUCCUCGGGGGCUUUUGCCUCUUGACCUGGGAGGCCCGCGGGGGCGCCAUCCCGCCGCCUCCGCCUGCACCCCGACUCCACCAGCCGAGUUGAAGCCAGGAUGGUACUGACCUCUGGUGGCAGAUCGGGGGAUUGCAGGAGCCUGCCCCAUGUGUCACCUCUGCUCCCCAGGCGCCAGGUGCCUCUUCCGGGAAGGUAGGGAGUGCACGCCACUCAGCGGAGGGGGCAACGCGGCUGUCCUGGCCAGCAAGGGGGCCCUGCGCCGGGCCCCUCUUUCCCUUCCGGAGAGAGCUUGUAGAUCAGGGCGCAUCAGCCUCCUGGUCUCUGAGGCUCAAGUGUUACUUCGACGUUUGCAAACUUUAUUUUCAUAGGUUGAGAAGUUUUGUACAGAGAAUAAAUAAUGAAAUUAUUUAUAA